GGGCAAGGGGGGGACAUCCGUCCCCGGGCGCAGCAUCUAGGGAGCGCCAAAUUGAUGAUACACAUUUCAGAAUGAAAUGUUUUUCGUUCUUGGAACACAGGCGCUGAAAACCUUAGCUACGCCUCUGUGCAUAUAUGUGUAUAUUAAGUUACUAAUCAGUUAUUGGAAAGCUGGUUUGUAAAAACUUUCGACGGACAUGAUUCUUUUGUAAAAUCUAGUCCACAAUUCAUCAAAAUUGACACAGAGCGUGGUUUCGAUCCACGUACCUCUGGGUUAUGGGCCCAGCACGCUUCCACUGCGCCACUCUGCUGCUUACAUUUACUAGAUGAUGUUUCAAAGUGACAUUCUUGUAUUAAAAUGUUAGAAGCCAUAAAAUACAGAAAAGGGGAGCUGCAAAUAUUAGAUCAGCUUCUUCUACCUAAGGAGUCAUAUUAUAAGAAAAUAAAGUCAGUUCAAGAUGGUUGGGAAGCCAUAAAAUGCAUGAAAGUAAGAGGUGCACCAGCUAUAUCUAUCGUAGCAGCUCUGAGUCUAGCUGUUGAAUUGGCGGAACGAAAAUUUACUUCCAAGGAAGAUUUACACAAAUUUGUUUGUGAAAAUUUGAAUUACCUUGCAACUUCUCGUCCUACUGCUGUGAAUCUUUGCCAGGUUGUGAAACUGGUUUCAAAUCUAUCUGAGCAAUAUUUACUAGAUAAUGCUUUUUCUGAAGACACGAUGAAAGAAAGAUUAAUAGGAGAAAUGGAAAAACUUCUAGCUAGUGAUAUCAGAAUAAAUAAAUCUAUUGGAGAAUAUGGUGGUAAGCAUAUCGUAGAAAACUGUAAAAAGAAAUUAGUUUCAAUUUUGACUCACUGCAACACUGGAAGCUUAGCUACUGCUGGAUAUGGCACUGCUUUAGGUGUCAUACGAUGGUUACACGAAAACUCUAAUCUUGCCCAUGCAUAUUGCACUGAAACAAGACCUUACAACCAAGGAGCCAGACUGACCGCUUAUGAAUUAGUUCAUGAUAAAAUACCUGCAACUUUGGUUUGUGAUAGUAUGGUAGCAUCAUUAAUGAAGUCAGGGAAGGUAAAUGCUGUAGUUGUAGGAGCGGACAGAGUUGUAGCAAAUGGCGACACAGCAAAUAAAAUUGGCACUUACCAGAUAGCUGUAUGUGCUAAAUAUCAUAAUAUUCCAUUUUAUGUAGCAUCACCAAGAAGUACUUUAGAUUUUAAUUUGGAUACAGGUGAUUCCAUACCCAUCGAAGAAAGGCCACAUCAUGAAAUGACAACUAUUAAUUCAAUUGCCAUUGCUGCUGAAGGCAUCAAUUGCUGGAAUCCUGCUUUUGAUGUAACACCUGCAGAUUUAAUUACUGGGGGUAUUAUAACAGAAAUUGGUGUGUUUUCUGCCACUAAAUUAAAAAAUCAUGUUAAUCAAUUAUCAGCUUUUGAACUUUUAAAUUAAAAUGAUAAGUACUCAUUUUUAUGUACUGCAAUUGAAAUAUAUCUCAAAUAUACAAGAUUUGAAACAAGUUUACAACUUGUGUAGAUGUGUAUUUUCUAAAUACAUGCUCUCUCUAUGGUUAAUUAAUUGUUAGCUUAAUAUUACAUUUAACCUGUUCACUAAAUUUUAUCGUAUAAUCAGAAGCGAUUGUAGUCUGGACAUAGUCGAAAUCCCAGAUUUUUUACUUUUUGAAAUCAGGAAUUUUUGGAUUUGUCAAAUGUUCACUUAUCAUCUUUCUCAAAUUUUGUUUUAGAUAAAAUAUAUCAUUCAGAGAUUACAUAAGUUGAAAACUUAGAUAAUGUAAAACCCUUAACAUCAGAUACAUUUAGAAAGUUGUAUUGCACAAGAACAGAACUCAUAUUGUAACAUUUUCGGCUAAGAGAAGAUGGAAAAGAGAAAUAUCUAGUAUUGAUGAAACUGAUUAAAUUUGUUUUAACAUGUU